CGGGCGGGCGGCGGGCGUCGGCAUGGGCGGAGGCGACCGGCCGGGAGCCAGAGGUCAGCGCGCCGGGUGCGGGUCUCCGCGCCCCGCUCGGCCCAGAGCCUGCUCCCCAGUGGGGGGAGAAGGAGGAGGAGACGGAGGCGAGGAAAGCGCGCGCGUGCGCAGGCCCGCGGCGCCUCCCAAGUUGGGAAUCCGAGUUGGGCGCAAUGGAGGCGCGGGGUCUAGCUGGAGAGGGGGCCCCCACUGCCCUCGGAAACAGUCCUCGCCCGAAGCUCGCCCACACGCCCGGGGCCUGGAAAGGAAGGGCGGCCGCGGCUCCUCCGGGAAACUUUGUCCGCGGCGACGCUGGGUGACCGGCUCCCCCCGCAGGGAUGCCACGCGCCCCGCCCUGAUCCCGGCCUGGAGAGGGGCGCGCCCAGCUUCCGCCGCCCGAGGGCGCCCUGGGGCCCCCACGGGCACCGCACCCCCACCCGCCGACUCCGCAGCCCCCCGCCCCCCCGGACCCCCAGCUCCACCCGCGGGACCUUCCUUCCCGCCUGCAGCCGGAUCCCCCAGCGUGUCCGGAGGCGCCACCCCCUCCUCGGGCCCGGUCCUGGCUCCUCCUUUCCCACUCCCGCCUGGAGGGGUCAAACUAGCCCGGAGGAGAGGGAGUGGAGGCGGUGGGGAUGGGGGUCGCCGGUCUCUGGACGAUUCACAGCGUCAGCGGGCAGCCCCAGCUUUGGAGAGAAAAGGAGGGUUCCGGAGGUGGACUAUGGGGUGGGGAGUCGAGGACCCGCCUCACCGACCUGGUCACCAGGCAGACCUGGCGACGCCAGGCCCUGUGCUCCAGGAGAGGCGCCCGGGAGAAGGGCAGAAGAGUGGUGCGGUCCUCUGGUCCCUGAGCCGCCGGGCUACGCUGCCUGCCGGGCCACGUCCAUUAGUGGCUCCUUAUGACAUAAACACCACUUCACAGAGAAGGGUCUUCAGUGGUUUUUAAGAGUGCCCUCGGAAAAGGGUCCCUGAGAGCAAAAAUUUGAGAACUGCUACCAUCCAGCAUCCUAAGAGGUAUUAUUAUCCCUACUUUACAAAAGAGGAAAGUGAGGUACAGAGAAGUCAAAUCACUCACCCCGGAGGCCAGGCAGCUGGUAAGUGCUGAAAUGGGGUUAGGAGUUCCCUGGUGGCCUAUCAGGUUAAGAAUCCAGCAUUAUCACUGCAGUGGCUCGGGUCACUGCCAUGGUGCAGGUUUGAUUCCUGGCCUGGGAAUUUCUGCCUGCCGUGGGUGAAGCAAGAAAAAUAAAUAAAUAAAAAGUAAAAAAAUAAUAAUAAAACCGGGGUCAGAUCUGUGCAGAGCAACUCAAAAACGUGGACCUAUGAUUAUCCCCAUCCUAAAUCAAGGACAGUGAGGAGCAGGGAAGGGCAUUCAUUUCCUGUAGCUACUGCACAUUGCCACAGACUUGCUGACUUGAAACAAUAGAAGCAUUCUCUGACGGUUCUGGAUGCCAGAAAUCUGAAUGAAGGUGUUGGCAGGGCUGCACGCCCUCUGAUAGUCCUAGCAGAGGGUCCUUCCUCACUUCUUCCAGCUUCUGGGCUUCCUUAGCUUGUGGCUGUUGUGAUUCCAGUCUCUGCCUUUGUCUGCUUCCUUAGCUUGUGGCUGUUGUGAUUCCAGUCUCUGCCUUUGGUCUUCACAUGGUGUUCUAUGCCUCUGUCUUCUGCGUAUCUCUUAUAAAAGUACUUGUCAUUAGAUGUAGAACCCACUCACACAAUCCAGAAUGAUCUCAUCUCAAGAUCCUUAAUCAUAACUGUAUAGACACUUUUAAAAAUAAGAUCAAGGAUUUCCUGUUGUAGCUCAGUAG